AUGAAGAACUAUCAGGCGACGUUGUCGGGAUGGAUAUCGCUUGUAAUCAAAACAUCACUACCUAUUGGUGUCGUGAGCUCAGAUCCCCGAGUCAUCACUGCGUUCAGAGUGCUCGACAGCGCUAUUAGCAAGCCUGGAGUGCUCUCGCGACUUGCAUACAUCCAACUGAUUCGCACCUUUCGGACACUCGAGGAGAUGAUUGCUGAAGACAGGCAGUGCGGUCGCAUCCAUCGAGAGGUUGGUUAUCGGAAUGCCAGUGUCGCUGUAAAUAUCUACAUGAGCGCCCAAGACAGUAGGCCUGAUGUAAACGCCCUGAGGCGCGAGCUUCUAGAGAGAAAGCGAACUGGGCGGAGGUGGACCGAGCUGGCUGGACCUUCACCACUGUGCCUUCUGUUAUACUCCGGCGAGUCUGAGAUAUUCAAGAACUUCUCGGCGUUCGACGACGCAGCGCUCGGCCUUGCAGCGACGUCUGUUUUCGAAAACGCUCCGGUCGAACUUAUACGCACUUGCCUGUAUCUCUCACAGACCGCGGAGGUUGCGACAGUGAGUGGCCGAUCAUUCAACAUCCACCAGGCACGGUACGUCGUCGAGAACAUGAGGCAGGCUUUGCUUGAUAGCGUAUUGUAG